UAUCCUAAUCCUGUUGACUGAGUCUUCUCUAUGGCCAGUAGACUAACUGAGAUGGAAGCUGAUCAAUCACCUCAAAUCAAAGGCGUUGUUAUAAUCUCUCUUCCACCCUCUGAUAGCCCUUCUUUGGGUAAAACAAUCACUGCUUUUACUUUCUCUGAUCCUUCUUCUCUUCCAUCUCAACCUUCUCUGCAACCCCAUCAACAUCAAACUCAUCCCAAUGUUCAGAACAGUAAUCUUCCACUUCAAUCCCACCCAUCAAAUCCUCAGCUUGGGUUUUCGUUCAGAAGAUUCUUUCAUGGCACCCCAAUCAAGCUAUUUUCUUUUUUUGGUGUUCUUCUCUUUGCUCUUUUUAUUUAUGGUUCUGUUUCUUCAACUAUUACUCAAGAACUACGUGGUCCCAAGAACGAUGAUGACAAGUCCAGUUCCUUUCUCUUCCCCUUGUUUCCCAAAUUUGGUAUUUUGGGGCAGAAGGAUGUGAAACUCAAAAUGGGUAAGAUUGUUGAUGCUCAAAAAGUUAACUUUGUGACCCAAAGGAAAGUUGGUGUUGGUUCUGGGGUCAUUGCCGUUGAUUCAUCUUCGGUUUUCCCAGUCAGUGGCAACGUGUAUCCUGAUGGGUUGUAUUUUACAAUUUUGCAUGUUGGAAAUCCUCCAAAAAGGUAUUUUCUUGAUGUCGAUACUGGGAGUGACUUAACUUGGAUCCAAUGUGAUGCUCCAUGCAGAAGUUGUGGGAAGGGAGCACAUGUCCUGUACAAGCCAACAAGGUCCAAUGUAGUGCCAUUUAUGGAUUCUCUUUGCUUGGAUGUUAAAGAAAAUCAGAAGAAUGGAUAUCAUGAUAAUUUGCAACAGUGUGACUAUGAAAUUCAGUAUGCUGACCAUAGUUCUUCCUUGGGGGUUCUUAUUAGAGACGAGCUUAAUCUUAUAACUACCAAUGGAUCCAAAACAAAGCUAAAUUUUGUUUUUGGGUGUGGAUAUGAUCAAGAAGGCUUACUUUUGAACACAUUGGCAAAAACUGAUGGAAUCAUGGGACUGGGAAGAGCAAAAGUGGGCCUACCUUACCAGUUGGCUAGUAAAGGACUAAUUAGGAAUGUGGUUGGUCAUUGCCUUAGCAGUGAUGGAGUUGGUGGUGGAUACAUGUUCUUGGGUGAUGAUUUUGUGCCAUAUUGCGGUAUGACUUGGGUUCCCAUGCCCAAUACCCACACUACAGAUUUAUACCAAACUGAGAUUCUUGGAAUUAAUUAUGGAAAUCAACCACUCAGAUUUGAUGGCCAAAGCAAAGUAGGAAAAGUGGUUUUUGAUAGUGGCAGUUCUUAUACUUAUUUUACAAAAGAGGCUUACUCGGAUCUUGUUGCUUCUCUUAAUGAAGUUUCUGCGUUGGGACUGGUUCAAGAUGAUUCAGAUACUACUUUACCCAUUUGCUGGCAAGCUAAUUUCCCAAUCAAAUCUGUCAAAGAUGUUAAGGACUACUUCAAAACCUUAACUUUUCGGUUUGGAAGCAAGUGGUUGAUUUUGUCCACAUUGUUUCAGAUACCUCCAGAGGGUUACUUGAUCAUUAGCAGCAAGGGCCAUGUGUGCUUGGGUAUUCUUGAUGGUAGUAAUGUAAAUGAUGGAUCUGUAAUUAUACUCGGAGACAUUUCAUUGCGAGGGUAUUUGGUUGUCUAUGAUAAUUUGAACCAGAAAAUAGGUUGGAAACAUGCAGAUUGUGGCAUGCCAAGCAGAAGAUUGAAAAGCUGACACAAUUUCAUCCCUGAUAACAUGCUAUAAAAACUCUUGUUCCCAAAAAUUUAUGCCUUGUAAUAUUUUGAUUCCUUUUCAUCCCAAAAUCUAAGAAGCCAUGCACAAAUAAAACAAGCUACAUAGAAGAACAGAUGAUUGAUAUGGAAGAUAAUUUUAUACCGUAAUAAAUAUUUGACUUAUAAUUAUAUUACAAAAUCAUU